GGAAAGUACGUUAGACACUCACCUCCUGGACAAUAAAAACAUCAUAUUUAAAAAAAAAGGAACUUGCAGCACUCACUCACUCAUUUACUAUUUUUGCCCUCACACAGAAAGAAAAAAUAAAACAGCAGCACAGGAAACAAAAACUCAGCCCAGAGUUUUCCUCUGCAGUCAGAGCCUGACUCACACUCAAUCUCUCUUUCAUCUCUCUCCGUUCCGGAUCAACAUCACCACUGUACGCCGUGUUGUUCGCCUCUCGUCACCUGGGCUAUGUGUGAACCUGGAAAGCAGUGUUAUGAAGGGGAAAGCUGCGGGGCACGCUUGGAUCAUCUCAAGAGACUCGUCUGGGUGCUGAUGAUCUGGGUCUCGAUCCUUUCCCUGGGCCUGGGAGCUUCCAUCACUCUUCACAUCUUUCGAUUUCAGGGACCAGAGACAAAGAAUCCCACCACUGCUUCAGUACCAAGCGGCUCUAAUUUCACUUACUACAAUUUAGCCCACACAAAUGUGGAAAAAGAUGAACUGAAACUGCAGUGGCGCAAAAGAAACAGCGAAAAGAAAGACACCGGGAUAGUAAUAGAGGAGGAUGGGAAUUAUUUUCUCUUCUUCAGAGCAACUCUGGCGUCUCGGAGACAUGGUGUGAAUUACACGAUCACAGUCGAGAAGAGGCCGAACGGAAACAAGUCCACCAAUAUCACUGACGGACACAUCAAUGGAACGGAGAACUCGACAGGAUUUAUCGGGAUAGGAGUGCUUCUGACGGAGAACACCGUGAUAAACGUUAUCUGCACUCCUGAAGCACUAUUCGACGUCCGGAACACUUACUUUGGCCUGAUCAGAUUCUGAAUCGGCAUUCUGCCUUAGCGGACGAAGCUUUGUGGGAGCGGUCUACACGUUUCGAAGACGAGGUCCACUCGGUUAAUCGUCAUCGUACCACAGCAAAUCAAUGAUAGAGACUGAGAUCAAAGUUUUGCCCCGGAAACUUGAAUUUGACGUGUUGAAUGUGAACAUUUCCGACAAAGCUAUCGUUCCUCAAAAUUGUUCACAUAAAAUAUGACUUUAUAAUAUUUAUCGAAGGUACGACAUCGUUACAAAGCUCCUUUUUGUUUUAAAGCCCAGUUUGCUUUUCUUCAUGUUCAUUUUUCAGAUGAAACUCAGGUAAAUCCAUUCUUCAGAGAUCUACUCAUGGUCUUUUAGAAUUGUAUUUUCAUCACAACAGAUGAAACUAUAUCGACAAAAGUUUGUGGACACCUUACCAUAAGAUCUGUAUGUUCUUUUAGAACAUCUCAUUACACACUUUCCAUUUUUAGUUCCAAUAUCCUCCGAUCUUCUGCGAAGAUGUUCCACUAGAUUUUAGUAGAUUUGGUACUGAUGCAGGUGAGGUGAGGUGAGGAGGACUAGGGUGCAGUUAGAACGAGUUCAAAUUGAUCUCGAAGAUGUUCAAAAGGUUGGGAGCUCUAUAGCAGGAGAUCUUCCACUCAGAUCCAUGUAUAAUUAAGAUUAUACUGCCUCCACUCCAACCCACAUAAAAUACACCUUUCUGAGGAACUUUCAUUAUAUCAAUUAAUAAUGUGACACUUUCAUGUUUCACAGUUACACCACAUUUCCACUUAACCUGAGAAGAAUUCACCCCAAACGUGUUCAUUAGGGUCGAGGUCAAAUCUCUAUAGCGGAAGAUCUUCCACUCCUCCAAUCCAUAUAAACCAUAUCUUUCCGAGAAACUUUCAUUAAAUCAAUUAAUAAUGCAACAAUUUUCAUGCUUCACAGUUACCUUUCCUCGUAACCUGGAAAAAAAUCACCCCAAAGGUGUUUAAUAGGUUUUGGAAUUCUAUAGCAGAAGACACACUCCAAUUUAUGUAAAGCAGAUCUUCAUGGAGCUGGCUUUGUACACUUUGUGGAACAGGAACAGGGUCUAGUAGUUCAAGAGGGAAAAUUUCAUACCACAGCAUCCAAAGAUGUCCUGGACCAUUGUGUGCCUCCAACGGUUUCUUUUGGCAGAGAACCACAUAAGGCUGGAAAAUUCAAGGUGUCCAGAUACUUUUGUUCCGUAUAGUGUAGGUCUGUGAUUUUUUUCCAAGCAGAUUCGAACUGCUGCUACAUUCUUUAGAUGUCUGGGUAUCUAUGUAUGUCAUAUUUUCCAUCUUACUUCAUCUUCACAUCAUUUCUUUUGCAAGUCAGUUAAAUGAGCUCUAAGUAUAUAGAAUUGUCCAUGUAGGCUGGAUGCAAAAUUUGUAUUUUACAGAAAUCUUUGUGAAUGUUUUGUGGUUUAUAAUCAUAUCACCCAUCCACACCAGUGUACAAUUUCGAAUGCAAAACACACAGGAUUCAGCACUACCCACUACCCAGAUUUUAUUGCAAUCCAUUUGAUCAAAAAGACAGAUUUCAGGGAUUUGUUAUUUCAUUUUUCAAGUAAUAUCACUUUUUGUAAAAUUCCCUCUGAAUGUGCAAUGUUUUAAAAAAAUUUUUGCGGGUUUUUUUCAUGAAUCAGUUCCCAGUGUUAUAGUGUUCAUGUACACGCUUUUGUUGUUGUUGUUGUUGUUGUUGUUGUUGUUGUUGUUGUUAUGAUAUGCACUGAUUUGUACUGGAUGAAAUAAUUUUCAACAUCGAAAUAAUACUUCUUUUUUAUAUUAUAAUUCUUUAUUUAUUUUUUUUAAAUAAAAUCUCAUUAAUGAUCGUUCGAUAUGUACAUAAAUGUUUUUUUUGUGUAUUUAGUUUUUUUAUUUCCGGCAUAUUAUUAUGAAUGUAUU